GUGUAAUUUGCGCAAAAUGACGUAAUAUUUUGUCACGUGACCAGGGGUCAAGCUAGGCCAGCUGAUUACAAGAUGGCGGCGGUUUCUGUAGAAAAUCUCCGAAAAACUUGGAUUAAACACUGAUUAUUUCCUCUUCUGAGCGCAAAUCAGGACUAAAAUCAGACAUCGAAGAAGACUAAGAGGGGUGGAGCCACUGUGAGUUUCCUGCAGGUGCAGGUCGGACUGAACCAUGUGGUCCAGACUGUCCAACCUCGCGCAGACCGUGACAGACAAGUUGGACGAGGUGGCAACGGUAGAGGAGGGGAGUGAGGGUGGUCAGACAGCCCAGUCACCUUUGACCUCCCCAGACUCCAGUGCCGCGGGUGAUGCCAGCUUCAUGUCCGCAGCAGACGCCAGUUUCAUGUCCGCCUCCGACAUGGCGGACCAGUUUGAGGAUCAGCGCCGACUCGUGGAACAGCUGAAGGCCAUGAUCCGGGAGAAGGAUCAGGAGAUCAGGACCAAUCAGACGAAGUUCAAGGAGGAGAAGGAGACAUUAGAGGCUAAGGUGUCCAAGUUGAAGCUCCAGGCCAAGGCCAAAAUCACGGCCUUGAACUCACAGCUGGAGGAGCUCAAGAAAGGUCAAAGUUCAGAAGGAGGAGGGGAGAAGGCAUCAGAAGAAAGCAGUGGGGAGAAGCAGUCUAUCAACCGAGCACAGAUGGUUGUGUUGAAGAAAAAACUGGAAGAAAAGACAACCCAGCUAGAGGAGAAGCACAAAGAACUGGCAGGGAGAGAAAAGGAAAUUCUACAACAGAAGGCUGAACUGGAAGCUCAAAAGAAGACCAUCGAGGCUAAGGAAGAAGUUAUCGCACAUUUCCAGAGCGGUGCUGCAAGAGCAGGGACUUCAGAAGGGGAAGAGGGGGAAAAUCCUGAGGAGUCUGCUAAACUGAAGGAAAUGUAUGCUCAGAUGGUGUAUAAGGACCGGUUGGUGAUGGAGCUAAACAACAAAAUUCUUGAGCAUGAGAAAUCUGCGCUCGACCUUCAAGAGCACGUCAAGGAGAAAGAGGAGGUCAUUCAAGGUCGUAAUAAAGCCAUACAGUUGCUGCAACAGCAGAUAGCGGAGAAGGAACAAACCAUUUCAGACCAGGGGGCCUUGGUGGAAAAGCUGACCAAGAAAGUGGAGGAUAUCGAAGAGCGAAAUGGCGUCCUUGCCGAGCAGCUAAGAGAGAAGGAGGCACAACUGAACACCGAGAUCGAGAGCUUCCAAACGCUACUGACAGAGACCCGGCAACGUUACGAGGAAAGGCUUCAGGAACGAGAACAGGAAGCAAACGAGAUGCAGACUAAAAUGCAGGAGUUAAGACAGGAGCUGGCCAAGGGAGAUCAAGCAGACGUGCUGCAGAAGAUUUCUAGAGAGUUGGCCGAGAAGGAAGAAAUCCUGACCGGGAAGACGAAAGUGAUCGAAGUCCUGCAGGCUGAGAUGGGGGAGAAGGAAAGGAGGAUUCUGGAGCAGGGCUCCAAGAUGCAGUCCCUAGAACAACAGAUUGUCUCCUGGGAGCAGCAAUAUCAACAGGUACAGUCUACAUGGACAGACCGACAUCAGCAGGUUGUCACUCAAGCGACAGAGAACCAAGAGACUUUGCAGACAGCGCUAGCCGAGAAGACGCAAGCUCUUGAACAACUACACGGACAGAUGGCAGAGCUGCGAUCGUCGUGCGAGGAAGUCAUCAACCAGAAUAAGGCGCUGCAAGACGAACGCGUCAAACUUCAAGAGGAGGUUGCGAGAAUUCAGUUUGAACGCGAAGAGCGCGAGAAGGACAUCAUCGCAGAAAACGAACAGCAGCAAAAUUCCAUUGAGAAAUUGCAAGCUGAGCUCCAGGAAAGACAGCAGCACAUUAACGACAUGGCCACCAAGGCUGAGAACAAGUUUCUGAAGCUGAAGGCUCAGGCUAAGUCCAAAAUCACGGCACUGGAGGAGCAAGUCAAACAACUUAGACAGUCUGAUUCGCUCGCCGACGAUGUGGCGACUCUCCGUAACCGGCAGGCAGAGUUGGAGGAAGAGAAAGGUAACCUACAGAUGCAGUUAGUGGAUUAUGAGGACGCAAAGACUCUGCAAGCUUCCCUUGAAGUGAAGGUAAAAGAACUUGAAGAGGGAGCCCAAAACAUGGAGGCAAGAACACAGGAGAUGGAACAAGCUAAACAGAAGGCUGAGGCAGACAUGGUGACCUUGAAUGAGAGCAUGGCAGCCAUGACUGAGACCAUCCACUCAUUACAGAGCAUGCUCAGUGAGACGGAACAUGCCAAGGUCAAGGCUGAAGAGGAGCGAGUUGCCAUGGAGCUGAGGAUGGUUCAGGUGGAGGAGGAAAAGGAUGUUUUGGAGAAAUCGCAGCAUGACUUGAGGGAGCAGGUGUUGAGUCUACAGGCCAUGUCAGCUACAGAGGCAGCCGAGGCACAGGCAGCCCAGAUCAGGGAACUGGAGGAUGCACUGGCCAAUGCACAACAACAUUGGCAGGCAGCAGAGAACCGAUUACACGAACUUCAGAAUGGCAAUGGAAACGGACUGCUAGCCAGCACUGCAGGGGGUCUGUUUGAGAGUAUGGCCCCUCAACAAGAUGUGACAAGUCAAGUAGAGAUGCUACAGUCAGAACGGAGCAACCUCAAAGAAACCGUGCAACAGCUUGUUGAAGAGAAGGAAUCUCUGGAACACAGACUACAGGAGGCAGAAGAAAGGCUGACCCAACUAACAACCAUCCAGGCUGAGCGAGACGACCUCUUGCAGAAACACGAGGAACUGCAGCAGAAAUCAUCAGCCUUACAAGAACAGGUGGAAGCUUUGAAACCUGCGUCUGAAGGGAAGACUGUUAGUGAACUAGAGGAAGAACUGACAACUCUCAAACAGCAGGUUAAGGAACUGCAGGAGAAGCAACAACAGGACCAAACUCAGCAUCAGGAACAGGUUACCACCCUAUCAGAACAGCUAGAGUCUGCUAUGACUCAGGCAAGUUCCUUGCAGGAGCAAUUGACUGUAAAGGAGGGGGAACUCCAGGAAAUGGCACAGCAACUCAACCAGAAACAACAGGAGGUUAAGUCUUUCUGCGACAAGUUUGCUUCCAAAGAAACGGAGACGGCAGAACUGCAAGUCCAACUGCGGGAUCGGGAAGAAAAACUCACCUCUGUUACUGAGCAUGUGCAGUCACUGGAGCACAAGGUCCAACAGGACAUUGAGGAGGCAAACAUUCUCAAGCAACAGCUGAACCUCAGAGAGGAGACCAUUCAGGAAAUGAGAGCGGUGAUCAGUCAGAAGGAUGCUGACCUGCAGAGGCAGCGGCAUGAGCUGUCGGAGGUACAGAACGCCCUGACCAGCUCUCAGAGGGAGAUACAGGUCCUCCGAGAGGGGCAGACUUCAGAAGGUCAAAAGAUGGAGGCCCAGUUGACCUCGCUGUUGACCCAGCUGCGUGACCGUGACCAGGAGGUGUCACGACUACAGGAGGAAGUCAUACAGAAGGGCAACGAUGCCAUCUCUCUCCAGGCACAGUACAGCGACAUCAGUCUGCAGCUAGAGGCCAGUAGCACUACUCUCAAUGAGGCAAAGAAAACUCUUGCACAGAGAAACGACAUCAUAGAGGAGAAAGACUCCAAAAUGGCGGCCCUCGAGUCUCAGGUUUCCCAGCUCAGCUCCACGCUGGAAGUGCGAACAACGGAAAGCGAGAUGCUGCUGGCAAAGUUGACGGAGCACGAGGAACGAGGAAGGGCGCUAGAAGUUCAGACCAAUGAACUGAGGACUCAAGUCACUUCAAGAGAUGAAGAGAUUGAAGACCGAACGGCCAAGCUGAAGCGGCUACAGAUACAGCUGGAAGAGGAAGGUGAACAAGUCUCCACUCUCCACACCCUCAUCAACAAGCUGAAGACUCAACUCGCCAGCAAAGAUGAAGAGAUCAAAGAAAAGACCGUCUCCGUCGAAGACCUCCAGGAAAAAGUUGCGAGGGAGGAACAGAGAGUAUUCGACAUGUCUUCCGACUUUGCACACAUGCAAGAGCUUAUGAGUGAGAAGGAUAACCACAUCAUCUCGCUUCAGAGCCAAGUAGAGAAACUAACCAGCGACUUGAGGAACAAAGAGGUGUUUGGAGAAGAAAAGAGCCAAGAAGUUGAGGAACUCGGAAAAGAAGUGGGGACCCUCCAGAGCUUCAUCGAGGGUCUUAAAAACGAGAACCAAACCCUACAAGAACUGAAAUCAAAUGUGGAAGACCUAGAAACUCAGGUGAGCAAGUGGAAGAAGGAGGCAGAAAUUCUACAAGAAGAACUUCAAACUAAAGAACAAACCCUCCAAGAGAAGGUGACGGCAGAAGAAGCUUUAGAAAAGAAAGUAAGCACAAUGCAGGAUGGCAUAGACACCCUUAAGACAGAACUACAUGCAAGAGAUGAGACUGUUCAAGAAAAGAAUUCCACAAUCACUGAUCUAUCAAAUCAAGUGACUUCACUGCAGCAGCAAAUGGAGUCUUUGAAUACAGAACUACAAGCAAGAGACCAGAAUAUGCAAGAAAAGGGAUCCGCAAUACAAGACAUGGAAAGUCAAGUCAACACCUUGAAUGGUCAGAUAGAAUCCUUGAAGGACGAGCUCAGAGACAGGGACCAAAGGAUUCAAGAGAAGGCUUCCGUUACCGAGGAACUAGAAGUCAGAGUUGGAUCACUGCAGGAGGAGUUAGAGUCUCGAAAUACGGAGUUGCAGAAUUGGGAGCAAAACGUCAAAGAGAAGGAAGCUGCAAUUGCAGAGGUGCAAAAUUUGCUGCAGGAAAAGACUGGUUCACUAGAGGGAGCACAUGUACAGUUGCAAAACAUGGCUACAGAAUUGCAGCAGCAGGCAAGUACAGUAGAAGAAUUGCAGCAACAAGUGCAAAACACAACUGCUGAAUUGCAGAAAGAAAGAAGUUCUGCACAAGAAUUGCAGCAACAGGUGCAAAACUUCACUGUUGAACUGCAGCAAGAAAGGACAAGUGCACAAGAAUUGCAGCAACUAUUGCAGAAUACCACUGUUGAAAUGCAGCAAAAAACAACUGGUGCAGAAGAAUUGAGGCAAGAAGUGCAGCAAUUGACUGACAAAUUGCAGAAACAGACAUCUGAAUCACAAGGAUUGCAGCAACAACUAGAAAACAUGACAGCAGGACUCCAGCAACAGCAAGGUGCAUCUGCAGAAUUGCACCAACAGGUGCAGAACUUAACUGCAGAACUGCAGCAACGUGAUGCCAUGGUCAAAGACAGAGAUGCGACACUUCAAGAGAAGCAAUCGACUCUUGAAGAACUGCAAAACAGACUUCACAAACUUGAAACUGAACUACAAGAAAGACAAAACAUCUUACAAGAGAAAGACUCAAGCCUUGCAAGACUACAAGAGGAAUCAAACAUGCUUAAAGAGGGACUGCAAAUGCAGAUACAAAGCUUAAGUGCAGAGCUACAAGAACGGGAUAACGCACUAAGAGAAAGAGAAUCCAACCUCCAUAAAGUGCAAGAAGAGCUAAGUAUGCUGAAAGAAGGGAUAGCUUCAAAUGAGAUUCUUGAAGCUCAACUUAAUAGAACGCACACAGAGUUGAAUGAAAGGACACAAGCACUUAGUGACAAGGAGAGAAUGGUACAAGAACUUACAAGUCGCAUACAAGCACUGGAUGAAGAAUUAGAAGGAAAGUCAAAGCUUGUGCAAGAAACUGAAUCCUUGUUGCAAAGUUCUAAGGAAGAGAUCAUCCAUAUCAGCACUCAGUUGGCAGAAAGAGAAACAGACGUCCAGGAAAAAGAAAAGUUGUUGCAAGAACUGAGUGAAAAAGUCGACAGCCUUGCAAAAGAGCUGACAACAAAGGAGAAUAUUGUGGAAGAGAAAGACAACCUGGUACAGGAGUUGCAGUCAAAACUUGACAACCUUUCGUCAGAGUUGUCAGCAAAACAUCAAGUCCUUGAGGAAAAGGAAACUGUGCUAGAAGGGUUGAAUACUCAGUUGAGUGCCCUUAGUACAGACAUAGCCAACAGAGAUCAAGUUAUAGAAGAGAAGUACACGUUGGCACAAGAACUGACGUCCCAACUCAGCAGUGUUACAUCUGAAAUCUCAACGAUGAGGCAAACUGUUGAAGAGAAAGAGAUGCUUGCUCAAGAGUUGAACUCUCAGCUGAACAAUCUUGCAUCAGAACUGUCUGCGCGAAACCAGCUGGUCGAAGAAAAGGAAACUCUUCUCCAACAGAUGAACGCACAGAUUGGUCAAGUGACGGCUCAGCUGUCUUCACGAGACCAGGAAACCGGGACAUUGGUCCAGGAGUUGCAUUCGCAAGUCAACACGUUGACUUCGGAGCUUUCCGUAAAGACCAGGGAACUGGAAGAAAAGUCUUUCAUGUUCGAUGAGUUCAAGAUCAAGAUGGAUGCCAUCUCUAGUGAGUUAACAGGCAAAGACGCCAAGCUUGUUGAGUUAUCGGCACACUUGGAACACAAAAAUGCGGAGAUGGGAGCUUUGCAAAUGAACGUUGGCGAGCUACAAAGUCAACUUAAAACAGCCACUCAGGAACUAAAUGAGAGAAAUGCUGAAGUUUCACAAAUGAAGGUUGUCUUGGAGCAAAAGGAAGUUGAGCUUGGAAGUGCGUUACAGGAUCUUGAAAGAACGAAGGAGGACUUUAAGAACACAAGACAGGGGUAUGGUGAACAGGAGAACCAGGUGAUAGCAUUGAAGGAAGAACUCGAGAAGAAGAGUCAUAGUCUCACUGAUAUGGAAGAGAGAUGUAACAGUCUUGAAAAGGAGUUAAACAUGUCUAAAGAAGAGAUGACAAAGGCACAAGAAGAACACAGCAAGGUGCAAGAAAGAGCAGGUAAGCUGGAAGAGAAGCUGAAGUUACGAAUCCAACAACUGAAAGCGCUGAAUGAAAAAUUCAAGGAAAGUCAAAACAACGUAGAGGAGAAAGAAAGGGCCAUCAGUGAGCAGGCAAGUGAACUGGAAGCAGCUACUGAGCAUGUGCAGAAGCUGACCAAUCAGAUAAAAGAGCUGAGUGGAGCAGCAGAGCAAGUGGAAGUGUUGACCAAUCAGAUCACAGAGCAGAAUGUAGCCAUGGAAACUAUGAGGCAGCAUCUUCAGGCACUGCAGCAAGAAAAAGAGACCGUUGCUAACAUGGAUGCUAGCUUCUCUGAAGUAAGAUCCAAGAUGGCUGAAGAACUAGAACAGUGGAAAGCACAGUACAACAACACUGAGGAACAGAGAAAAACACUCAUGGUACAACUAGAAGAAAGGGAUGAGCAGCUUAACACAAGUAAAUUUGUACAAGAAAAUCUCUCAAUACAACUUGAAGAAAGCAAUGUGGCACGAGAGAAAGAAGCAAAGGAGUGUGAAAAUCUUAGCAUUUCCAUAGGAAAUCUUACCGAAGAGUAUCAGAAUGCACAACAGCAGUUGAUGCAGGCUGCAAAUGAUGUCCAAACUCUUCAGUCUGAAAAGGAGAAAAUGGCAGAAGAUCUUGAGAAAGCUAACACAGACAAGACAGCAGCAUUAGACGAGGUUCAAAAACUGCAGAGCUCCAUGGAAAGCCUGGAAGGUGUCAGGCAGAAGCUGGAAGAAGACUUGGCAAGAUACAGUCAAGAGCUGGAGUCCACCCAAAGUGAGCGAAGUGCUCUCCAGUCACAGUUAGAAAGCUUGAGAAUGGAAAAGUCAGAGAACUGGUCCCAGGAAAUGACGAGCAUCCAAGAAGAAUUGAGACAUGCUCGCGAUUUCUUGGAAGCAGCACAGACCGAGAGACACACACUUGCUGAACAGUUAUCAACCAUUGCUACAGAGAAGAAUGCACUCGAGAAGGAAGUAGCAGAGAUAAGACAGUCUAAUAGUGUCUUAGAGGAGCAGCUCAACAAUAACAUGCAGAGUCUGAAGGAGGUAACAGAAGAUAGGGAAAGGUUGGCAGAAGAGCUAGAAUCUGUGAAGUCUGAGAGAGUACAGCUGGAAACAAGCUUCACAGAAACCCCAGAGGAAGUGCACAGCUUGAGGAUGGAGAAAGAACAGAUCACAGUCAAGCUGGAGACAGCAGAAACCCAAAUGAGCGGCAAGACUCAGUCAGAUGAAGAAAGUUGCAAACUGAGGAAGGAAAAAAGGGAACAGUCACCCAUGAAAGGGGAACAAAUGACAAUCCUACAGCAAAAUAUAGCAAAGAUAGAAGAAAGCAAUGUUGAGCUGCAGAAGUUGAAUAUCACACUAGGCCAGAAACUUAAAGAAGCGUCAAGAUUUGAACAAGAAAAAAUAGCAUUAGGGGAACAAAUGACUACGAUGCAAGAGGAAUUCAGGACCUUACUGGUUCAGUAUGAAGAAAAAACCUCAGAAGUUCACGAUGAAAAAUCCACCCAGGAAGAUAAGAUACAAGCACUGCAGAUGGAAGUGGAAGCUACAAGGGAGCAGCUUUCAUCUCUCCGUAUGGAAAAAUCCGAAUUGGAAGCUAGGUUCAGUCUGCUCAAUGAAGACAAACAGCAGGUCGAGAACAAGUUGUCUCAGUCAACAGAAGACAGAAUGUCGUAUGAGAGGAAACUUGGACUUCUGCAAGAGCAGAGCAACACCUUGCAAGAAAGCUUAGAGAAGCAACAGGAGGAGAAGAACAAAUUGGAACGUGCGAUGGUGCAGGUGGAAGAAGAGAGGAACAGCUUGCAGCAGAGUUUGGCCAUUCUUGAGCAGGACCGAGCUACGCUGGAAAGGAACCUGUCACAGGAGCAGUCUGAUAGGGUUGAGAAGAGCCAGAUGGAAGAGCUACGACACACGAUGGAGACCCAGCUCACGACGUUACGCCAGGAGCGCGAGAACCUGGCGCUACAGCUGAAAGACCUGGAGAUGACGAAAUGGCAACUGCAGGACAAUCGUGAAAAGCUGGAGAACGAGAAGGAAGAACUUGCCAAAGAGAUGGAGCAGCUGACACAGAACAACGAGGACCUCUCACAGAAAAUGGAAGAACUGCAGGCCGAGAAUCAGGAUUUAGUUGGUGACAUAGAAAAACUGAAUAGUGAUAACAAGAAACUUGAAGAUGAGAAUAAGAAACUUCUGCAUGAUACCCAGUUAAAAGGAGAGGAGACCCUAAAGCUCGGAAAGGAAAAGGAGUCUCUCUCAUUGGAAAACGAAGAGUUAAAGACAAGAAUGGAAAGGCUGGUUACAGAAAAAGAUGACUUUGAAGAUCAGUUAGAUACACUUAAAUCCCAGAUGGAAGAUCUUAAAGAGGAGAAGACUUUGGCUGAUGAAGACAGUGGAAAGUUGAAGAAAGAAAUGCAAAAUCUUGCAGCAGAAAGAGAGAGUCUGCAAAGCACGUUGGACUCCCUUCAGAAGAAACUUGAAGAACUUGAGAAGAUAAAAGAGUCAUCGGACAUGGAGAGCAGCAAGCUAAAGAAGGAGUUGGAGCAUCUUGAGAUGGAGAAAGACGGUCUUGAGAGUGAGCUGGAGUCCUUGCAGCUAGAUUUCGACGAGCUUAAGAAGUCCAAGGACACUUCGGAUAGAGAGAACAGCAUACUCAGGAACGAGGUAGAGAAUGCAUCAUGGGACAAAGGGGAGUUAGAGAACCAGGUAGAAGACCUGAAAGACCAGCUGUUAGAACUUCAGAGGGCAAAGCAGACCUCUGAGUCAGAGAACAACAACUUGAAGAAGGAAGUCGAAAGUCUCGUACAAGAUAAGGAAAGGCUGGACACCACCUGUAAGAGUCUUGUGGCAGAGUUGGAAGGGAAGGUGGAUUCGGAUGCACUGAGCAGUUUGGAGAAGGACAGGGAAGAGCUAGAACUGGUCCUGGACAAGCUGAGAACAGAACGAGCGACACUGUCACAGGAAAAGGAUGCGGCAACAGCAGAGGGUCAACGACUUCAGCUAGAAGUUGAGUCCUUGCGGACAAGUGUGGAAACUUUGCAAGCUAGUGUUAAAAACCAGAAGGAAGAGCUUGAUGAUAUGAAACUGAGAGACAGAGAUCUCGGUGAGGAGAGAGAGUAUCUACAUUCCAGUAUCGCAAAAUUCACCGAAGAAAAGGAGAUCCUCGUAGAGAGAGUGCACAAACUGCAGACCGUGAAUGAACAGCUUGCAAAUAAAGUGACAAGGUUACCAGAGCUAGAGGAGUUGAAUCUGAGGCUGACAAAACAGGAAGAUAUCCUCAUUGCAGAGAAUGACAGGUUAAAGCAGAUGUGCGAAGACCUGAACGGUGACGUUCACAGCUUGGCUAGUGAGAAAGAUUUCCUAGCAAACCAGUUGGAAAAAGCACAACAGGAAUUAGAUGGGUUGAGGGAAGAAACAAAUUCUGCACAAGAAAGCAUCAUAAAGGAAAAGAGUGAAUGGGAAAGUCGGCAAGUUGAAGCAAAGAGAGAGGUUGAAAUGCUCAGACAGUCGCAUGAUGAUGGGAAUGCCAGAUACGAGUCGACAAAACAGGAGCUAGUUUUACUCCAGGACCAGUUCCUCCAACUGCAACAAGAGUUAGACCAAGCACAAGCUGAAUGUGAUGCUGCGAAUCAAGAGCUGGAGUCUGUCAAGGAUCAAUACGUUGCUGCAGUGAGAGACCUACAGACUGAAAAGCUAGAAGUUGCUGCAUUCCAGCAAAAAUAUGAAGACUCCGUAAUAAGCAAAGAAACUGCAGAUAAGGAGGUGGAAUCUCUAAGACAACAGUAUGAAGACUUGGAAAGGAAUCUUAACACAGUAAGACUGCAACUACAAGAAAGAGAAGCAGAAUUGUCAAGAUUCCAGGUGGAGAAAGUUGGGUUUGAGGAGCAAGUUAGGAGCAGGGAAGAAGAGGUCAAGUCGCUGUGGUCAAAGAUGGGAGAAUUGGAGGAUAGGAAUGAGCAGCUAGCUUCUCUCAAGAUGGAGUAUGAAGAAAUUGUCAGAGAAAGGAAAGAACUUCUGAAGCAGACAAGGGACCUAGAGGCUGAAGCUACUAAGAGUGCAGAAACAACCACCAGCAUGCAGCAGUUACAGACAACCCUGGAACAGGCAUUAGAGGGGGUCCAUCAGAGGGACAUGAGAUGUCAGGAACUGUCCAUACAGGUGACAUCACUGCUUGAAGAGCGGAACCACCUGAGGAUGCAGUUUUCCCAUGCAGCUCGGGGGUUACAGGAAAGGGAGGCACAGCUACAGGCCCUACAGCUGCAGUACCAGCACCUCUCACAGAGGGAGCAGCUAGUCUUAGCAGGACAGUCUCAGGACACAAUUGAAGAGAAAACAAUACAGACCAUGGAGUUAGAGAGCACAGAAGUCCAGAGACAGAUACCACAGGAUGAUCCAGAGAUAUACAACCUCAGUAAAAAACUAGAAGAGGCUGAACAGGCUAGAGAAGCGAUCGCACAGGAGAUGGCAACAAUGGAGGCUCUUCUACAGCAGGAACGUGACCAGAAGAUUUCCUUGGAAGAUUCUCUGUCAGCCGCCCAGUCUGAAAUCAAAGCAUAUCAGAACCAGCCUCCACCAAACAAGGAGGUUAGUUAUCGAAUCAACAUUGAUGGAGCAGAGGAAGCUGUUGAGCUCAACCCCUUUGACUACCGUGCUUUGAAGAUUACUCGGAAGAUGACACCAUGUUGUAUGACCUUGGACAAGUGGUUACGGGGUCGAAGCCUGUACCUGACCAGGAUGCUGAGAACACGUCCCUGCUGUCGAUUCCUCUCAUUUGCAUAUCUGUUCGUCCUACAUGUCAUCGCUUUCAUGUUCUUUUAUGCCUUCUUCUAAAUAUCACCUACGCAAGAUUUUACAGUAUCCCACUUAUCAAUAUCACAGAAAAAAAAGUAUUCCAUAAAGUAAGGAAGGACAAUAGGUAACGUUACUCUGAGAUCAUAAUUCCACCAGGUACUCUAAAACCAACAUAUUAAAAAGAGAUUGUAUAUUAAGAGAAAUCUACUGAUGCGGAAUCCGUAAUUCCCAAGGUGUGUAAACUUAACUUCAGAUGCCCAGGUGUUCAACACCUGAUGUUUAAGAUGCUCUUAAGACCUGGAUGACACUUUUACAAUGUCACAGUCACUGUGGUAGUCUUAGUUUACGGUACCUGGUGGAAUCAUGAGGUUAUUUUCAGAACAAUAAUGUAUAUUGUAAAUAGUGUACCUACCAGUAGAUAUCAAUACAAAUGCUUGUCCAGAAAGUUUAGUUUUAUUGUCAGCCAUAUAAUGUUUUUUUUUAUUCAGCUCAAAUGCCAAACUGAUGGAAAUUAUGGUUAAAGAAUGCUGGUAUAUGAUAUAAUGCUGCUUCCUAUAUAACGACUAUCAUGGACAGAUUAAAUGAUUGUAAAGAAUCUUAAUGCUUACACUAGAAAGGAGCAUCUGCUACGCAAUUAAAAAGUGGUAGAAAGAAAUGUAAACCAGAAAAGUUAGUCUUUAAUGAUUUGUUGCAAUUUACACAUUUGCUAUAAUUGCAAAAUAAUGCUGUCACACACUGGAAUUUCAAGUACUAAAAUACAUGUACUACUGUAGCUAAAAACUGACCUGAAAAUGUAUGAGAUAUUAGAGUAUCAGAGUAUUCUAUGUAUUGUGAUGUAUUGGGGUGAAGUAUGUUGCAGUAACCCUUGGCCUGUUUUUGUUUAUUUUCCUCAAGAGCAAAUCAACCUGUAAAUCUUGCAAAAAAUUUUCUGCAAAAAAUCUGAUUUUUUCAACAUGCUAUGAAUUUAGAGAUUUCAUGCUAAAGGUGUAUAAAGUGAAUGCAGGUGGAAUGUGUGGCAUAGCAAACUGUAUAUUCUAAAGCAUUGAUAGCUCAUGUGUUAAAUGUGAUAGACAGUGAUUUUUAGGGGGAGGGGGGCACUGAUUUCAUUUAUUACCACAGAUAGAUACAGCCUUGUCUAUACAUUGUAAAUUCUGUCCAUAUAUAAACAUAGGCACACAGUUAAUCCUUAAGAAGUAGUAGCAAAUUCUGUUACAUUCUCAGUUUGUCACAUGCUAGUUUAAUGCCAAGUUAACAUUUUAAUGGGAAAAUGUUUAAAACUGAGAAGAAGUAUUGAAUUCUUGAGAGUUAAAUUCAAGAUACCGCUGUGGUGGCUUCUAUACAGUGUAAAAUGGUGAUCAUGCUGCAAUUUAAGUGUACCUGUACAUGUAUAUGGCCUGUUGAAUCAUUGGUAGGAUAUUCGUUGCAAUCUUGUGUUGUUUUAUCAUAAUGUUUUAGCUUUUAAUGUCAUUAUGGGAACUUGUGCAUAAUGAUGAUUAUUGAGUAAUAAAUUGCUGAUUAUUGAGAACUUA